AUGGCAACGGCACCGAUCAUUUUUAUGGCAGCUACCAUUAUCGAUGGCAGCGAGAACGCCGUGCCAUAUGCAGCCGAUGUCCUGAUCAACAAUGGACUGAUAGCCAAAAUCGGUCCGCCCGGCGGCAUCGACUACGAUGGUGCCAAACUCAUCGAGGCCACUGGUUACUGCCUGUCGCCUGGUUUCAUUGACAUGCAUGCUCAUUCUGAUCUCCAUCUUUUGACGCAUCCAACACAUGAGGCCAAGAUAACACAAGGUUGCACCACCGAAGUCGUUGGCCAGGACGGCAUAUCGUACGCCCCCAUCCGGAAUUUGGAACAGCUGAGCGCGAUACGCACGCAAAUUGCUGGCUGGAACGGGAACCCUAGCGAUGGAGAAUGUAGCACUACAUUGAAAGAUGUAGGCAUGUUUGAGUGGCGAACGCUGGGCGAGUAUCUUGACUGUUUGGAUAGGAAUAAGACGGCUACCAAUGUUGCUACUCUUGUGCCGCAGGGCAACAUGCGCCUGCUAGCUUGUGGUCCAUUCGAUACGCCUGCAACAGAUGAUGAAAUCUUGAAUCAGAUCGCAUUGCUGCGCCAGGCGAUGCAGGAAGGCGCUGUCGGCAUGUCCAGUGGCCUGACCUACACGCCUGGCAUGUAUGCCUCGACAUCUGAGCUCGCACGACUCUGUAAAGUCCUGGCAGAUGACUUUCCCGGAGCCUUCUAUGCGCCGCAUCAUCGUAGCUACGGCCAUCGUGCCGUCGAAAGCUACCACGAGAUGCUCGAGCUGGGUGAUCAGACAAGGUGUCCAAUUCAUCUGACACACGCCACAAUGAAUUUCUCCGAGAAUAGAGGAAAAGCCAACGUCCUCCUAGACAUGGUAGACGACUACCUUAACAAGGGUGUAGACGUAAGCUUGGAUACCUACCCAUAUCUGCCUGGCUGCACUACACUCGCAGCUCUGCUGCCCAGCUGGACGUCCUCCGGCGGCUCGAGCGAGGUACUCAGACAUCUUCGCAACCCCGAGUCACGAGCACGCAUUCAAAAAGCCGUCGAAGUUGAUGGUUGCGAUGGCGGUCACGGCAUUCCGACUAAUUGGGAGGAGAUCCAAGUGGGUCAGAUAUCGCACGAUGAGUCCAUCAAGCAUUACUCUGGUCGUCUUGUGUCCGAAAUAGCUGAGGAGGAGGGCAAGCCGGCCAUGGAGAUCUUCCUCGAGAUUCUAGAGAAAGACAAGUUGGCUACGAAUUGCCUGAUGCACGUAGGGCACGAAGAUAAUGUACAAGCCAUCAUGCAGCAUUGGACGCAUAUGGCAGGUAGCGAUGCCAUCUUGCAUGGCGAGAAGGUGCAUCCACGAGCAUUCGGAACCAUGACUAGGUACCUGGGACAUUAUUCGCGAGAACUUGGUUUGAUCAAACUACCACAGAUGGUAGCUCAUCUGACGUCCCGCCCUGCAAAGCGCUUGGGCAUCUAUCCGCACAGAGGUUGUGUCAAGGAAGGCUCCGCAGCAGAUCUGGUGUUGUUCGAUGCAGAGACCGUACAGGAUAUGGCAACCUUCGACGAGCCGAAACUGCUGAGUCGUGGUAUCCGAUUUGUGUUGGUGAAUGGGCAGAUCGCUGUGAAUGAAGGGCAGACCACGGGUGCAAGGGCUGGAAGAACACUGAGGAGGCGCUGCGACGGGAGCGUUUCAUAA